UUGUGCGCUCCUCCCUGGUUUGAGUUUGUCAAAAAAGACACUCAACCAUAAUAAUAUCAUAAGUUAUAAUGGGGAAGCUUCGCUUUCACUGGCUGCUCUUCCCUUUCCUAAAACUGAGGAGCAGCUACCGGAGGUGCCCUCUUUCCAACAGGAGUUUAAUCAUUGCCAGCGUUUGUGUUAUUUAUUUGUUGUUGGUUGUUUCACAAGCUGGAUACUCGAAGCAGCACCGGGAUAGGAGGACUGAUAAAGACAAGUACCGACACACCCGUGGAUUGUAUACUUUGGAUAAUAGUGAUGCUCAAUCAGACUAUGUGGAUUUUCAGACCGGUGCGAACUCUGUUGUCCCGACACGGUCAAACGUGGUCUACAUAACGCUAAAGACUAAGCGACUGAAACCUGCUAAUAUUCGGGGGACAAUCAGACCAAAACUGAGGAAAAAAGUGAAAAGGAUUACGGAGGCUAACUCAGCUUUUACGCAGAACAAACGUGGCACUUUGUUGCGGGACGUGGGCCAAAUUCAGCGAAACUUUCCACAUAAGAAUUUCUUGGGAAAAACCAAGGAUGUUCAUUAUAAAUUAUUGGAUAUAAUCCCUACACAUCAUACAGAUUCACAGGCAGACUCUCACAUUAGUUCUAUCCGAAUUUACAGUCAGAGGGCACCGCCAUGGCUCAGCCCCCAGGACGUGAAAGCCAUGCGAUUUCUGGCGGAUGCCAAAGUUUUGCGCAUCAAAGAAGUUUCUCAUGGGGAUUAUACGUCACUUUUAAUAUUUGAGGGCGAGACAAACGUUUCAUUGGGCAACCAAAGAGACACACAAGGGAACAAUGUGUGUGGAGGGCAGUGUGGAGUGAUCAGCAGCCCCGCGGACACCACCGAGGUGUUCGCUUUCCAUCUGGACAGGGUGCUGGGGCUCAAUAGGACAUUACCAGCUGUCAGCAGAAAGUUCAGCUUCUUACACGAUGGCCUGCCCGGUCCAGUGUUGUUAUGGGAUGCAUCUCUCUACCCAGAAGGCCUUGCUGCAGGCAGGGCCACCGUGAGGAUGACAUGGGGGGAAUACCAGAGUUCCCUGAAACAGAAGUGUUGGCAUAAAAACAUCAGCCCGAAGCCUGACUCCGGCUGCUCCACGGUGCAUCACUAUGAGUGGAGUAAACUGGCUCUGUUUGACUUCUUACUACAGAUUCACAACCGUCUUGAUAAGAGCUGCUGUGGGUUCAGGCCCAGACAGGAGGAUGUGUGUGUGGAGCUGGGCCUCGAUGCUGAGUGUGGGAACCAGAAACACAUACAGCUGACAAACAUCAUCCACAGGGGACACGACCCCAGACACCUGGUGUUCACCAACAACAAAGGCUUCUUCGACCGCAAUGAGGACAACCUGGACUUCAGGCUCCUGGAAGGAAUCAAAGAGCUCCCAGAGUCGGCGGUGUCUGUGCUGCAGAGCAAGAGGUUGAGGGAGAAGCUCCUUCAGUCUCUGUUUCUUGAUGAGACAUACUGGGAGAGCCAGGGAGGCCGGCAGGGCAUCGACAAGCUGAUCGAUGUAAUUGAGAGGCGGGCCAAGGUCCUCCUCACUUACAUCAACGCACAUGGGAUCAAAGUCAUAACAAUGAAUGUGUGAUGAGGGUCACUUCAGUCUAGUGGCCAAAUGAAUGCGGCACAUAAUAACGACUUGAACACUGUGACUUCACUGGGUUCACAGAAUAUCCUCUUACCAGACACUGAAAUGGUUUCCACUUACAUUCUUUUAAGUACCUUUGAAAAACACGAGUUAAAGGUAAGUUUGAGAAACCGGCUCGAGAUACACUUUUUGUUAUAUUCCAUGGAAUGCUCUUAACAU